CUAGCAUGAAUUUUAGUUCUUGUGUAAAUGUAUUUUGGCCAUAAGUGGAAAACCCCAGAGUACUAAUGUUGAAAAUAAAACCUAUAAGAAAAAGAAAUAUUGACAAAGCUUUAAAGAAUGAAAAUUCACAGUGUAAGCUCAUCAGAAAUUAUGUGCUUUGUCUUUUAGUUGAGGUUUUUUCACAAAAACUUAAAUGUGGUUUGUAAUGAGAGACAGUCCUGAAUGCUGACAAUCCUAACUAUGCUGUCACACUACAGUCACUCAAUGUGGAUCUAGCUUCUUUGCUUCUUCCUCCAAGCUUGGUGUCAGUGUCUUAACAAGUAAACGCAGCGUGGGCUUUCUCAUACAGCUGUAUAAAGGAAAACAUAGACAUUUACAGGACAAAGGACUCCUAUCGGAUAGACUUAGCAAAAGGUCUCUGCACUUGCGUGAUGGGGGUAUUUAAUAGCUCAUGCGAUUCAGAGAUGUUUCAAGCAUUAAACAGGUUUAAUAGUUCUUUGUACAUGCACCUCUGCUCACAAGCUUCCAUCAGAAGUCACAAAACAUUGCGUUAGCCUGCAAGUCAUUAUUUCACUCACAUAAUUUACCAUGAGGCCUUGUGGAUUUGUAUUUAUGAAGAAGGAUUAAGCAGUUACACGAAGUGGAAAUUAAAACGAAGCAGCUCUCAUGUAUUGUGCGAAUCAAUGCUAUAGGAAACAUUUUGCUGGUAACUGCCUAUUCAGCAUCGAUACGGUUUAUGUGGAGUGGUACCAGGCAGACAAACCUGUUUCUAUAAAAUUAACAACUUUUUGUAUGUUUUUAUCGCUUUGAAUGUUGCUAUUCCAGCAAAAAAAGACACAUUAUUUCAUGCUGAGAGUGUGUCCAGCGGCGUAUGACAUUUGUCGUACGUGAAAGCGAAUAAUUCUGCUAUUGGCUUCAAGUAGCAAAGCAAAAUUCAUGCCAUUUCUGUUGCUCUAAGCAAAAGCACGCAUGCAGUUUGGAUGCUAGCACAAUGCUGGCAGAUUGAUCUCUCCAUGCCAGUGUUGACCCAACUUGCCGCGUGAGGCACUGAUAGUUCUUGCUGCGACACGGCGCCUGGGCAGUGUCAGUAGUCCAUACGCUAUUAUGAAGAAAGGCAAAUUUUCUUUUAAGGCUACUAUUAAUGAAUUUGCACAGGAUUAUUUUUGUACACUCUCAAAACUAAGAAAAGUAAAGACAUUUGUUCUCCUCAGCUUAAGGAAUUCCAGAUCCAAGUUUCUGCAGGUAAUGUGACGGCAUCCCUGUUUUGGGACCAAGAAGGGCAUACCUUGGUUUAGCUGUAAGUGGGUGCUACAGUAACAGCAGUCAAUUAUUUAUCAUUGAUGGUAAAAUGAGGCAGAUCAGAUUGACAGGCUUUUAAAAGCACGUUUAUCCUAUAGGUUAUGCAUGCCAUGGCCGAAUCCAUUCUUUGAAAGCUGAAGAGCAGCUCGAUAAGGACUUGCCAAUCGGACUUAACAGGAACAGACUCCACUAGACCUGAGGUUGCCAUCUGUACACAAAUACAGCCACAGCUUGAAGAAUGUGCCUGCUAGAUAUGGUGUCAGAGCUGUGUUUUUUUUUUUUUUUUACACACCCAUAAAAUUAGCCCAACUGUUCUCGUACCAUGAUACAAGGGUGUAUUAAAAAUCAUGCCAACCAUUUUGUGCAUUGUGUUGUGGGGUGGUCUAUGAGAUACUUCUCACUUGUGUCAAGUUCAAUGUGGGCCAAACAGACCACUGCUUAAAUGGCUAUCGGAGGAAGCAUUCAAACAAUAUAAAUUGGAUGGUGCAGCGCAAAUUGCAAGGCCUGCUCACAUCAGCCAUACUUUCGCACAUUAUGAUCCCGGGCAGGAGCAGCAACAAAAGAGCAUGUGAACUCAUGAAGGCAUAUUUUAUCAGGGAGAUCACACUACCAACCAUAAAUGCGCUGCAAGGCAAGGCAUAAGGGAACGAGCUCUUCCAGGAAUGCGCCCAAGUGUUGCUAGUGAUCGCAAGCUCGGACACCAUCUGGUUCUUCCAGCGCAAUUAACUAGAAUAAUAUUCUAGCACACAAUACAGUAAUACAUAAAGUUAUGUUUUAACUAAGCUCAAAAGUUGAAGCAGCUCUAGCAGCGUGUGCAGAACUAUAAACCGGAACACGCCAUACUUGUUUCACAAACAUCACUAUCACGUGGUUACAAUUGUGAGCAGCGUUUUGGCCCAUAAUUUCACAUCUACCAUGCAUGUGUCACCAGUUAUCACCUUUUCAAUACGUCGAAAGACACUUAAAUGGAACAGCUCCAAAAGUAGCAGUUCAUGAUCAGCUACAGCAAUGUUUUCUUGAGUGGCCAGGGCGGCAGACAGGCUGCUUUUUAACAGCGGAGCUGUUUAAGGUUGAGCUCCAGCCGUGCCCGGCGACCGCUCAAAACUCGGCGCAGCUAUGCAAAGCGAAGUGGAGAGAAGGAAAGGCUAGGCGAAGCAUAGAGAGGCAACAGCUAGGAGCGCGCGUCGCGGCGCAGGUGUUUGGGUGAGGAGGCGCGCGGUGGGGGAUUGCCUGCGCCUAUCGAUGACGCAAGCCCUGACGUGCACGUGCACUAGUUGGCGUGCGCCGGCGGCAUCAGUGCCCGAUCCACCGAUGAUUAGCAUGGGCAGACCUAAGAAGGUGCUCUCCCCCGAGGAACAAGUGGAGCGACGGCGCAGUAAGCGGGAAGCCGAGCGUGAGCGGUCUAAGCGGCGUCGGGAAGAUCGGGAUUUCCGGGCGAGGGCUGCCGAAGCUAAAAGGCAGAGGAGGGCCGACGAUCCCGAGUUGCGGGCCAGGAGACUUGCUGCGGAACGGCAGUACGAUGCAACCCAUCGCGAGGAGAGAAGACGGGCAGCCCAGCAGCGAAGAGCUUCCGAUCCUGGCUUGCGCGUAGUGGAAAGCUUUAGGCGGACACAGAGACGAGCCACGACUGGCGCCGACGGGCGAUUGAAACGCCUCAAAAAUGCAAUGAGCCUAGCUGAAAGUAUCACCGCCAUAACGGCUUGCUCCGGCCCUUCCAAGGCCAUCGGUCAGGUUGAGGUUGGCACGCAGUGCAGCUUCCCUCUGGCUGACAAGUCUGUUUGGUGCUGCUUCAGAGCAGGCAGCGAGUCAAGGAGCGUGCAGACCACAGAGGCUGUGGAUCAUUCAAGCUCCUCUUCAGCAUCGAGGCCUACUUCUCCGGCAACAGCAAGCGGUGACAAUACACAGCAGAAAUGCCUCCACCAAGACCAUCUCUGUGACUAUGAGGCUGUUAAACUGUUUCAUGUUGAAGCACAUGCCAGGGUCCAUACUGGUGAGCGUCCGUUUGAGUGCCAUUUGUGCCCUCAGAGCUUCUCAAGAAAAGACACCUUGAAGAGGCACAUGUGGAUUCACACGGGUGAGCGGCCAUUUCAGUGUCCUUCAUGCCUUCAGAGAUUCUCACAAAGGUCCAAGGUCAAGGAACACUUGCGUACUCACACGAAUGAGAAACCAUUUCGAUGCCCUUCAUGCCUUCAGAGCUUCUCACGAAAUACUUACCUGAAAAUCCACCAGCGCACCCACACAGGUGAGAAGCCAUUUCAGUGCCCUUCAUGCUUUCAGAGCUUUUCACGAAAGACCCACCUGAAAACCCACCUGCGCACCCACACAGACGAGAAGCCAUUUCAAUGCCCCUCAUGCCCUCGGAGCUUCUCGCGCAAGUCCAACAUGAAGGCACACCUGCACACCCACACAGGCGAGAAGCCCUUUCAAUGCCCUUCAUGCCUUCAGAGCUUCUCACGAAAGCCCCACCUGAAAGCCCACCAGCGCACCCACACAGGUGAGAAGCCAUGGCAGUGCCCUUCAUGCCUUCAGAGCUUCUCGCAUAAGUCCAGCAUGAAAGACCACCUACGCACCCACACGGGCGAGAAGCCAUUUCAGUGCCCUUCGUGCCCUCAAACUUUCUCGCAUAAGUCCAGCAUGAAAGACCACCUACGCACCCACACAGGAGAGAAGCCAUUUCAAUGCCCUUCAUGCCUUCAGAGCUUUGCACGAAAGUCCCACCUGAAAACACACCUGCGCAACCACACAGGUGAGAAGCCAUGACAGUGCAAUUGAUGCCCUCAAAGCUUCUUGUAUAAGUCCAGCAUGAAGCAACACCUGCACACCCACACAGGCAAGAAGCCAUUUCAGUGCUCUUCAUGCACUCAGAAAUUCUCACUGAAGAGUGCCUGGCACCAACACCUGACAAGUGACCGACCAUACCGCUGUGCUGUCUGCUCCAAGUCAUUUGCACGGGCCAAUCACUUGAGCAGAUAAGAAAACACAACACCGUGGUACUGUGGGGUAGGUUAAUAGACAUGGAGCGUGCUGCAAGGUGUCCUGCUGCAUCAGGUAGCACAAGUGUCUCCAUAUGCUCUUAAAGGGGCCCUGGAACACAUUUUCUGGGUCACCAUAUUUGCUCUAGAUCUUUUCUCAGCGUGUCCUAACACAAAGAGCUAGCAGAAAUGAUGAACAUCGACCCAUACAAACCCAUGUUAUCGCUCAUAAUAUAUUCAAAAUACAACCAAAAUGAGAGUUCGUGCUACUUUGACUGCUGUCAGUUUAAGGAAUGUUCCACAAAUUUAGUUAGAAGCUUUCAGGGUCUAUGUUCACAGGUGAGCUUCCACUGUUCUCAGCAGUGUGCACACACGUGUGCACCAGUGUGCACAUACUAGUGUGCACAGCAUGAUAGGCGUUCACAGUAGUUGUGGUGGCUGAUUGCCCAAGAAACCAAAUUCUGCUUUACACGCACUGCUGUCAGUUCAGCCUGCGCAUGCCCAAUCUCUAUCUCAUUGUCUAUGGGUACAAACAUUUCAAAGGCGAGCUUCCUGCGAUGGUAUGUUGCCGGACAUCCCUGCUGCCUAGGCCUAAUCAGCGUGCCUCAUUGGGAGUCGGCAACCAAAGUCGUGCUGUUGUGCCGAAUCACUGCAACGAUUCAGUGACUGUACGGCACUUCGAAAGUGAAGAAACCGCCUCAACAACAAACGGGAAGGCGCAGGUGGCUCAGGCAACACUCGAAUGACAGCAGCUUGGGGUCACAGUCACCGUGUUUUCGAUAUUGCUUGCGCUCGAAUCAGUGCAAGAAAUAGCACAAGCUACUGUACGGCAUCCGAAAUUUUUAUCACAAUUCUACUUUAGUUCCAUGGAGUUGAUGGUGGUGCUGGGGGAAAUUCGAAUAAUCUGGCAGAUGUGAAAAUUUAGUCAGCGACUUACUUUCCUCCAUCACAUUUUACUUUGUCUGCAUCAUGCCAAGUCCGUGGGUCCUCAGACUUUAACCUGUCAACAUUCAUAAAUUUAAACGGAUCCAAACAUCGGGGUCGCAUGCUUCGAUUCUAAGAUGCGCGUGGCACCUUGGGCUACAUAUUUUGCACUUCCGCAGCCUUAGAAAAACUUUUUUUUGCUUAUAGUGCGGACAUUUGCUAUUCUGGUGACUUUUGCUAUAAGCGGUCUGCACUGUGUUGUAAGGGUAUAAGGAUUAUUAUUAUUCUACUAUAACUAUCAAAGUAACCUAUCUUAACCAUCUUGUGACUUAAGGGUUCGAUCCGAUAAAGCAUGGUGCAAUCAGGCAGUACUGUCUGAACAUUCCAGCAACAUUUCUAUCAUUAUGGGUAGUCCACCUGGUAUUGGCUGUCAAGAAAUCAAUGCAUCAGAGGUUAUCAACAUUAUAAGGCCCAUGACAUUACACAAGACAUCUAGGCAUGGUCAAUGAGUAAACAUAAUAAAACUAACAUUUUUAUGCCCAUCAUUAGAAAAGAUUUUUCAUCACAAAUUUCUCCCAGACAUAUCUGCUAAAGAUAGGGUAAUAUUAAUUUACAAAAUCUGAUCUGGAGACAUUAUACAUCUACCAUCUUAUGACCCGUUAUUUAUAAACAAAUCUUUUUCUUUAAAAGCACAUUGUGAAACGAAUCAUAACAUUUCUUGAGCAUUAUAACAUAGUAACUCUCUAAAGCAACAGGGUAUUUAUAAAUGUGAACUUAUGUAGUGGAGCCGGCCAUGCUGCCAAGAGAAUCGGGCUUUCUUGGCUCUUAAAGCGAUCACUUGUACUUUCCAAAGAGUCCUGUGUAUGUGAAUGAGCUGUUUGUCUGUUUUCUGGUGCUCUGUUUAUGCUGUUAAUAAACAACAUUUCGUAACACACAGUGUAAUGGCAGAAAGUUGCUAACCUUAUGAGAACUAGGACCUGAUCACUGUUUUAUAAUAAUACCUGUGCAAGUGACUGUUCGUUGUACGAAAAGUAUUCAAUACUUGAUUCCAUUUGAUUCCUUUGUCACACUGUUCGGAUGUAAAAAAUGACGGUCUGCACGCUUUUACAAAGUAUGUAUGUUCUGUAAUGCAUUGUAGUGCUUAAUAUUACAUUACAGAUGUCUGACUGAUUUGCUUUCCAAGUUUUGUUAUAAAAUGCUGUGUGUUUCUUUGUCUUUCUUUGUGUAACAUUUCUUCAUAACCUGGACAUUACACGGGUACAAAAAAUUAUGGGAGAUAGAAAAUUAAACAUAAAUAUUGGUUUAUCAUGCUUUUUAUUUGUGUGGAGUAUUCUGUCGUUCUAACGAAUUAAAAAAUGAGCGAUCCAUCACAGUAUUGACAAUAACGAAGCAAAUAUCUGUUAGCACAUGCCUGAAAGCAUAUAUUUUGGUAGCAAAAACAUCACAUACAACCUCACAAACCGUGAAGUGGCUGUCGUGAUGAUGGCACAGAACACUGACAGGUGCACAGCUGGUGGUUUUAAGGGCUAGGCAUUGUUACGAUUGGCCUGCGGAGGCUGGCGAUCUUCGGAGAAGCGACCUCCGAACCCUUCCCAGCCCACUGCAACGACUCGCUUUGUAAAGACAACAAUGCGCCUCCUCGACAGCCCAAUGGUGCCAGCAUGUCUAGCCCUGUUUGGCAGACCGAGUAGUGUUGGUUCAUUCGCUGUGGCCUUCACGGUUUGCUUGGAGCAAGAGAACUCCUAGAACAGGGUGUUUUGCAGUGCUUUCUCACGGGCCCCAGAAGUCGUCACAAUCUAUGGACAGACGUGGCGGCUAGCUGCGGGGUCAGCUCUGGGAUCAAGAGGCGCCUGCUUGGGUCAAGACCCCUGUCUACGAGAACCCUCUCACCUCGGUGUGUUCAGUGAAACCAAAGUGCGGAAGUGAGUGUGUGGACUCUCCCCCUCAAAGGUGGGUCAACUACGACUAUGAUGGCUUUGGACGCUCCCAUUGGACAAAGGUUUAACGGCAGUUUUUCCUCACCUAGGGAUCUAAGGAGGACAGAGGGUUUUUAAGCAGCCGUGUACGGCUGCUGUGUGUGCUUUCUCUUUCAGUCAUGCUAGACUGAUGGAAUGUAACGUUCUCCACCUCUUCAUGUAGAUAUUGUAAAUAAAUCCCAUAUUCCUCGUU